AUGGCAAUCCCAGCAGUUACUAUGCCAGAUGGACCGUUGCCUGGUUGGAAAAUAUUAGUAGAUUAUAGAGAUACAGCAUGUUCUUCCAUGGAAGGACCAUUAGCUGCAUUUGAGUUUUACAUCAACGGAUCUGCAGAUGCUUUCAUUGGACCAGGCUGUGAAUACGUGAUAGCCCCAGUCGCAAGAUACGCUGGACCUUGGGGUAUUCCCAUUUUAACGGCUGGUGCUCAAGCUCACGCAUUCAACUUUAAAUAUCCAAAUUACGCUACGUUGACGAGAAUGAUGGGCAGCUAUGCACAAGCUGCUGAAGCUCUCUGGAAGGUUUUUGAGGAGUUCAAUUGGCAUCGGCUGGGUAUGCUGUUUCAUAACAAUGACGCGUCGAGUGGAAUGGGGAACAGUCCUUGUUUUCUAACGCUAAGCGCAGUAUUAGAGGUGUUCAAGAAGAAAGGCGAGUCGCUCACACCGAACAUAAACUAUUCAUUUGACGAGAAAAAUGUUACGACAUCGAUGUUGAAGAAAUUCUUGCAAAAAUUAUCAUCGAAUACUAGAAUUGUCGUGGUAUGCGCGAAUCCAAACACUGUAAGGGAGAUAAUGCUAGCAGCCGACGAACUCAAUAUGGUGUCUUCAGGGGAAUACGUUUUCUUCAAUAUCGAACUGUUUUCAAACUUAGCAUCAGCAUCCUCCAAAGAACCUUGGAAAGUAGCAAAUGACACAGACGAGCGGAAUGAGCGAGCGAGGCGAGCGUACAGUGCUGUGCUCACAGUCACUAGUCCGGCACCUGAAAAGAAAGAAUAUUUGGAGUUUUCGGAUCAGGUUAAAGAAUUAGCAGCGAGAAAAUACAAUUAUACAUUCGAAAAGGGUGAAGUGGUAUCGACCUUCGUGGCAGCCUUCUAUGACGCCGUGUUGUUGUAUGCGUUAGCACUUAAUGCAACACUUGAGCAGACGAAUAACACUUCUGGCUCUUUAGACGGUGUUGCUCUCAUCAGGAACAUGUGGAACAGGACAUUUCAAGGUAUCACGGGUGAGGUUGUGAUUGACGACAAUGGUGACCGCGUAGCUUCGUAUUCGCUUCUUGACAUGAACCCAGUGACGAGUAAAUUCGAGGUGGUAGCAACUUAUGUGGCAGCGAAUUCGUCGCUCCAAUUCAUUCCAGAUCGGCCCAUACAUUGGGCUGGGGGGAGAACGACACCACCUCCUGACACCCCGGAGUGCGGCUUCGACGGCACUUUGUGUCCUGAUAAUUCGAUACCAGUGUACGCGAUACUUAGUAUUGUCCUGAGUUCUGUAGUUGUGGUGUUGGCAGUACUAUCAGUAUUUAUUUACAGACAUUACAAGCUGGAAGCGGAGAUCGCAAUGAUGACUUGGAGAGUUAGCUGGAGUGAUGUGCUGCCUCCUGGUGGUAGACUGCGCGGUAGCAUGCAUUCUCUCGCACGAAGGUACAGCUCCGGGACAGCUUACUCAGAUGAAGGAGCAUCUCUUCCUGGUGACCGCCAAGUAUUUACCAAAAGAGGUUAUUACAAAGGUUGUAAAGUAGCCAUCAAGGAGGUCGACAAGCAACGCAUAGAUCUAACAAGGCCACUUUUAUUGGAGCUAAAAAAGAUGAAGGACUUAGAACACGAUCAUUUGGCAAGAUUUUAUGGAGCUUGCGUUGACCCACCUCACUGCUGCCUCCUAACCGAAUAUUGCCCAAAAGGAUCACUGCAAGAUAUUCUCGAAAAUGAAACUAUCAAAUUGGAUUGGAUGUUCAAAGUUAGCUUGAUGCACGACAUAGUUAGGGGAAUGCAUUACCUUCACGGUACCGAUAUCAAAUCGCACGGGGCUCUAAAAUCAACCAACUGUGUAGUGGAUUCACGAUUCGUUUUGAAGAUCACAGAUUUCGGGCUCCACGCUUUAAGGACUUCGGAAAAGGAUUCUAAAGCCCACAGCUAUUGGACGCGUUUAUUAUGGACGUCUCCUGAGCUACUUCGAAUGCAGGAGCCUCCACCGGAAGGGACUCAGAAAGGAGACGUAUAUUCCUUUGGGAUUAUCAUGCAUGAGAUCGUUCACCGUCAGGGAGUGUUCUGGCUAGGAUCAGGAGUGGAAAUAUCUCCUAAAGAAAUUAUAGAAACCAUUAUCGGAAGUGGUUUACGUCCAAACACUGGACAACAUCGGUCGUGCGAAGCAGAAGAGGCCACAGAGCUCAUGCGGAGAUGUUGGUCCGAAGACCCCACUGAGAGACCAGACUUUGCUCACCUUAAGGGGGCGAUACGAAGGCUGAAUAAGGCCCAAGAAAGCAGUAAUAUAUUGGACAAUCUUCUAUCACGUAUGGAACAAUACGCAAACAACUUAGAAAUGUUAGUCGAAGACAGAACAAAAGACUAUUUGGAAGAGAAGAAGAAAUGUGAGGAGCUACUUUACCAAUUGCUACCAAAAUCUGUCGCCUCUCAACUCAUUAAUGGCCAGUCUGUCGUCGCAGAGACCUUCGAACAGGUGACCAUUUACUUUUCUGACAUCGUCGGAUUCACUGCUCUCUCAGCGUCAUCUACACCAAUGCAAGUUGUUGAUCUGCUCAACGACUUGUACACCUGUUUCGAUUCUAUAGUGGAAAACUAUGAUGUGUACAAGGUGGAAACUAUAGGAGAUGCGUACAUGGUAGUUUCUGGUUUACCAGAACGUAAUGGAACUAGACACGCAUGUGAAGUGGCUCGGAUGGCUCUAGCACUUCUGAAUGCCGUCCAGAGGUUCCGAAUCAGACAUAGGCCACACGAUCAGCUCAAGCUAAGAAUUGGCAUACAUUCAGGUCCUUGUGUGGCUGGUGUCGUUGGUCUCAAAAUGCCUCGCUACUGUCUCUUUGGGGAUACAGUGAAUACGGCGUCUAGGAUGGAAUCGAACGGAGAAGCUCUCAAAAUACACGUCUCUCCAGACACAAAGGCACUUUUGGACUCUUUUGAAACUUUCCAUUUAGAAUGUAGAGGAGAAGUUCCGAUGAAGGGUAAAGGAAUUCUAGUCACAUAUUGGUUGUUAGGAGAAAAAGGAGAUCCAAACGCACAAAAAGAUAAACCAUCACUAAUAAAAUCACAAACUCAAUCGAGUGAGAGUGGAUCCCUAUCACAUCUUACUCCAUUCAGAAACAGAAAAGAUCAAGGUUCAAGAUCUUCAAGUAGAAGGGGGUCGGGAGUUCUUACACAAAAAGGUAAUGAUUUAAUCAAACUAGAAAAAGAAGCCCAACCACUUUUGCAAAAUAUUAAAAUUCAAAGACAACAUUCUGAUCCAACAGAGCCUGUCAUAAACGGAGUUACAGAUAGUGAAGAUUUAGAUAAAGUCAAUUUCUCAAAUCCUAUUUCACUCAAUGUCAACUCUCUUAGCCACAACUCUGUUAGUCAUGGACAGCCAAGAGUGAAACUAAAGGAUUGUCAAAUGAACACAGUUGGUAAUCACAAUAAAGCAGGCAAUAACAACUGGAUCGCCAAGAUGCCUACAGCGAGCUCUUUUGACAACGGCUGUAAGAAAAAUAAUGAGCAUUUAAAAGACUACAGUAGUGUACCGCUGCUUUCCAAAUCAGAAACGUUGAAUGAUUCAAUUGUGUAA